AUGGAUCGUUACAGCAACCACCGACCUCCUUCCUCCAUGCGCAGCUCAAUCAACUCGGUCAACUUCCACAAUGUGGUUGCCACGGUCACACCACCCGCUUCCCCCCCUACGUUUCCAUCGUAUCCACUAAGUCCACCGGGGAAACGUACAUCAUUAAGUUCAACCAAUACAGGCCUCGCAUCCCCUGAUACCAAAACGACCGUCAACGGCUCACGUCGGCCCCACAGCAAUACCCUGAUCGAGGCCGCAAAGAUCAGAGCUCAAGAUGAGCAGGAAAUGCAAAAUUUGCUCCACGGCAUUCAACUAUCCUGCCAGAUCUGGAAUCCCGAGAUCGAGCCCGAACAUGAAACAAACGAGCUUUGCGAAUGUGCGGUGCACAAAUACUUGAAGCGGAAGAUUGAUCGUUUGCAAACUCAGGAAAUGUGGUCGAAAGCCGUAAUAUACCCUGGAGAAAAGCCAUACGAUGACUGUACUCACUUGCGCCUCUUCAACAACAACCCUUACUCAACUGAGAUCAUCUCCCCGUAUGGACUGCCAGGGGCGACUCUAUCAGGGACCGUUCGACCAGAUCCACAGAAUCAUGCGACUUUCCUUCAACAGAUGAUAACACUGGAUUCGAGUUUAAAUGCAAAGGCUAAAAUCGCCGUUCAGGCCCAAGAGCCAUCCUUCAACAUUUGGGAUCUUGAACAUUUAGAGUCUUUGGUAUCAACUAUGGCAAGUCCACGCACCUCAAGCAAUGGCCAUACCCCAAAUGAUAAGCCGUCAAAACGUGCAAGCAUUAAAAAGGCUCUAUCGGUCAGGACUUCUGACGAAAGAGCUGCCGGGAAUUUCAAAAAGAAGUUUUCUGGAGGACUCGAACGCCGUCAAGAAAUCAUCACGGAGGAGGAAGGUCGGUGGCAAGACGAUGAAGACAGACAUAUAGUGGCUGUAUAUCAGCAAACGGUUGGAAUCACAGCAAAAGUUCACGAGCUCCGAACACACCAGCCUCUCCAAUAUCUCCACCUCCUGCGUGCAGGAUAUUUUGAGCCCAUACCUAUAUCCUGGAGCGGAGAAUUACAGACCUCUAACCCCCUGCGAUUCUCCAUUGAUGCAGCUGUAGGAUGGAGAGGAAUCACACCUGACUGGAGAGGCUACGACAACACCGCCGAAGAAAGAUUGUAUUGGACUCUAAGCAAUCGAGACGGAGGAGGUGUUGUUCUAAAGCCCGACAUCGUUUCGGCGCUAGAGAUGGCGCGCAUUCGACUAGAUACAGCAGUGGAGAUACCCCCAGCAUAUCAUGAUCCCGAAGAUACUUGCCAUGUUCAAAAUACAUCCCAUGGCUACUCAAAACAGGUCAAAUCCAUUUUCAGAUGGAGUACCCCGAUGUCGUCGACUGAUGAGACAAUGAUUCUGUUGGAUGUUUCGGGCUCUAUGGACUUCAACCCCGCACGACCAAACUACAAUAAAUCUCUCAUUACCGGCUAUGUUAAAACUAACCAGCCAAAGAACAAAGACCUUGCAAAGGCGAUGAUUCGUCGUUUUGUUGAUGCACUAGGAAAUCAUGAUCAUGGAUGGCAAGGUUAUCCACUGAUAACUUUCUCCGAUCAAGCUGACUACUUGGGAGUUGCGAGUGGAUGGAAUUUGAGUGAAAUUUGGGAGAAAGUUCAAUUUGGCGGACGCACUCGAGUCAUGGCAGGGUGGGAUAAGAUAAAGGCACUGCACUUUCAAAAACAUUGCGGAACAGCGAAAUAUCACCCAGUAUAUGGAUGGCAACCUGGUCCGAGAACCCCCAAUAUACGACUACUUCUGAUACUUGACGGUGAAGCAAGCGACAUGGAUGAAUUUGAACUGGAGCUUUUGGGUCUGUCUUGGGCAUAUACCACCAUAUUCCUGAUCGGCACGGAAGGAAGUCUCAGCCACCACCGACAUGCCAACAAGCUACAAAGAAUAAGCGAGGCCAACCCUAGAGUAUCUUUUGUCGAAGCCCAAGGCAAUGUCUCUGAGCGUUUCAUUCUCCACGAACUACUAAAACGCCACCUCGGCCGCGAUCUGACAAUGGCCGAGUUCAGAGACCUGCAGACAUUCACAGCCGAGCUACCCUCACCCGAUCAAAUCCGCCAUGAACAACGACAGUCAUUUGGAGCUCAUCUUGAGCAUUUACCCGUUGAACUGCCAUCUCUAGAAGAAACACGACACUGGCAGAUUCAACAGCACCUUGUACCAUCUCCUAGUUCUUCAACGCCUUUGGUUGAACUACGAGCGGAUCGAGACCCAAUUGAGCUGCCUGCUACAGAGUCAUUGUCGCAGCGAUAUACUACAUUCCCUCCCCAACCCACCUCUGGAACAUUUCACCUCCCACCCCCACGCCCGCGGCCAUUGAAUCGUGAAUAA